AAUUUUUCUUCAAAACACUGGACUUUCUUCGCUAAACAAUACUCGGUAUUUUUUUUAUAUUCCAAGUUAAUCGAUUAUCGUCUAUUCUCAGCUCAAUAUGAAUUCUGAUGAAAAUCAGUUGAAUGAGGGUUUGCAAGAGGUGAAUAAUGUUUCACCUGAAAAUAAUUUGUCUGAAGAUCAAAUAAGUAAUCACUCAUAUGAAUAUGAUGAUGAUCAGUCGGAUGAGGAUUUUUAUGAGGAUCUAGAUCAGUUAGCUGAGGAUAUUCAUCCGUAUCCGAGGAAUCUGCAGCAGAAUGAUCAUCUAAAUCGGUUGAACGAGGAUAUUCAUGAGUAUGAGAGGCAUAUGCAGCAGAAUGAUCAUCUAGAUCAUCAGUGGAAUGGGGUUCUUUAUGGGCAUAGGAGGAAUCUGCAGCAGAAUGCAAUUUUUGAGCAUUCUUACCGUUGUUUUUCGGUCUCAUCUCUCGAUAGGCCAAUUCUGGAAUGUGGUGAUAAAAUUAUCAUGCCUGCUUCAGCUCUAGAACGCCUCGCUCGUAUGAACAUAGAAUAUCCAAUGUUAUUUGAACUGAGAAAUCCUUCUGCUGAAAUAACUACUCACUGCGGAGUUUUAGAAUUCACAGCUGACGAAGGGACGGUGUCCUUACCAAAUUGGAUGAUGGAAGAUAUGCUCUUACAGAAUGGAGACAUUGUAUCUCUGAAAAACACAAGUCUUGUCAAAGGAAAGUUUGUGAAACUGCAGCCUCACUCCAAAGAUUUUCUAGAUAUCACAAAUCCAAAAGCAAUGUUAGAAACUUCGUUGAGGAGUUACUCGUGUUUAACAACUGGCCGCACUAUAAUGAUUCCGUAUAACAACAAAAAGUAUUACAUUGAUGUGGUUGAAACGAAACCUUGUCCCGCUAUUUCUAUAAUUGAAACAGACUGUGAGGUUGAUUUUGCCCCACCUCUUGAUUACAAAGAACCUGAGAAGAAUUUGCCAUCUGAUUUGUCUGAUAAGGAAUCUCCACAAGUUGAAGAAGAGGCAGAAACAAAGACUCCUGAAGUGAUUCCGUUCAGUGGUUCGGGACGGCGUUUGGAUGGAAAACCGGCGACACAGUCAGUUGAAGCAAGUUCGACUCCAAUUCUAAAGCAGCAACAACAACAAACUGAAAAUAAAACCAAGAGUUCUGGAAAGGUUGUUUUUGGGUCAAAAGGAAAUGCAGCUAAUGUUUCUCUAAAAAAUGAAAGUCAAGAGUCACCUAAGAAGAAGACAAAAACCAAAGAAUUUCAAGCUUUCACAGGAAAGAAGUAUUCAUUAAUAGGUUGAUCCUUGUUGGAUUGUUUUUCAGAUAUUGAUAUUAGUAGAGGAUAGUUUAAUUUACAGUAACUUUUAGAAGUU